AUGUAUGGACGAAAACGAAAUAGUAUUACAUCGUAUUCACAAUACAGUGAAGAUGAACACGACGAAUUGUCGAGCACCGGUUCGACAUUGGUGAUGUUGGUUAUUCAUAAUCUUGAUCACAUGAUGCAACCACAUGAAUGGGAAACAUUGUUGACAAGGGAAAUUCAUGGAGCUCGCAUUUUAGGUGUUGUUGUUGUUCGGGAACAAACACUAACGCGUCCGUGGGGUGAAGGUGAAUUAACUGCAUAUAUAUUCACUCGACAUGAUGCUUCACUUAUUCGACAAUACUUACACAAUCGACGUCUUGGUUUUCGACGUUUACAUGUCGAUGCUAUUGUGAGCGAAGGUAGCAUCGAAGUUUUCCUUGUACAUAAAAUUCUUCAAUUACUCAAAAUUAAUCCACAAAUGUCUGAUGUCGUUGUUGAACAACGUGUCAGUCACUUUUUUCGACGAAUUCCAGCGACAGUUCGUCCCCGAGAUUAUGAUCGUACAGCUGUAAUGCGUUUAAUUCAUGAAUCGAUGGGUAUUCCUGUUUCACCUCCCGCAACAAGUGAAGAAAGUGAAGUGGAAAGCGAAUCGUCCCCAUCGCGACCAUCGUCGUUGAAUCAUUCGUUAUCUCAACCAGAACAAACAAAUUAUAAUCCGCAAUUAAUUCGUAUUGAUGAACGUACCAUGCAACUUCAUUUUACGCCGUUCUAUUUCGAGCUUUUAGAUACAAUGUCAAAUAUGAAAACCAAUAAUGAAUAUGAUCAAUCAGUAGAUGCUGCUUUCUUCUAA